AUGUCCUGCAAAACCCUUUUUAUGCGUGUAGUUAUUGCAUUAAGUUAUAUUGUAACUACUUCCAUCGUAGCUCAACUUUUGACAUUGUACACUAGUUUAGGUGUUGUGUAUAAUGUGAGUUGUGGAGCAUUUUGUGCUCUAACUUAUCAUAAGCUACUUGAAUGGAUAGUAUAUUGUUGUCCAAUGAGUUUUUCAUACGGAGAAGCUUCUAUAGUUGUUCAAUGCAUCAUUCUAUUUUUUGUUACUGCCAUAACUAAUAUACUUGCUCCAUUUCAGCUACGUUCAUGCUUCGGUUUAUUUACAAUAACUCUUCAGUUUGGGAUUGCUAAUUUAUCAAUUCUAGCAUUGUCCGUUUACAAGAUCAAAAAAUUACGUUCCGCGAGAGCUUUUUACUUGGCCCUCGGUACCACUGCUAUUAUGAUCGUAUUACCUUUACAUUUGGUACUCAAUGGAAGUCCCAUUUUAAAAAUUAUUCAGUGGAUCAUCAGGGAUUGGCAUACGAUAUUGCUUCUAUUGUAUUGGGUGUGUUGUUCUGUUUUUGCUGUAGUAUUUGUUUACAUCCAAAUUAUGAGUAAUUCAAAAGCGUCAACUUCCAUCAGAAAAAAUUUUCAUCUACUCGCGUGCCUCGUUUACGUUCCUGGAUUGGUACAAGACCCAUGUUUGCUGUUUUUAGCAAGUGGUGUAGCAUUUGCCGCCUUUGUCCUAUUGGAGACCAUGCGUAUCGCUAAAAUUCCGCCUCUAAAUGCUGCUCUUCAAAACGGGUUUAGCGUUUAUUCAGACGAAAAAGAUGAAGGACCUAUUGCUUUUACUCCAAUUUAUUUGUUGGUUGGAUGUUCUUUACCGCUAUGGAUUCACCCCAAACCUGAUAUAAAGAGCUUGUUACCCUUAAUGUCGGGUAUCCUAUCUAUUGGAAUAGGAGAUACGGCUGCUAGUGUUGUAGGAUCAAGAUUCGGACGUCACAAAUGGAAAGGUACUCAAAAAAGUAUUGAGGGUUCAAUUGCUUGUUUUUUUUCCCAAAUGUUCUGUUUCCUAGGGCUGAAAUAUGUGGGUUUGGUUUGCAAUGCAAAUCUUAUAAUGCCAAUUAUAGGUAUUGGUGUUACAACUCUCGUUGAAGCAAAAACUGAUCAAGUUGAUAAUUUAGUACUACCUUUAAUAUUGUAUGUAUUUCUGCUAUUUUCGACUUAAAAUAUUAUUUAAAAUUGUUAAUUGUAUAUGAGUUAUGGGUAUAUAAUUUAUAAUACACCAGUGAAAUAAAUAUUUGUAAAAAUG